GCUUACAAAAUUGAAUUGUAAUCGGUUCCUGUGACUGUUGUUCACGCUGAGGGAAGGUCAUUUGAAAUAUUUAAUUAAAAUUUAAGCCUCAUCUUAUCAUAAUGGUAAUGAAUAUAAUUAAAAAUUUUGGACGGCUACCUGCUGAAUACAACGUUAGAAAACAUGGACCGUAUGAUCCUUCUGUUUUUUACGGAAAGAAGGAUACUCCUUUUGGUGAAGUGAAACUUGGUGAACUAGGAUCAUGGGUAGGGAGGAGACAAAAAAACCCUGCUGCAAUCAUGAGAGCUGUAGGCAGAGCUUGGUGGCGUUGGCAGUUCAAAUAUCUCCAGCCAAGGAAUGCAAAAUUGGUUCCUCUCAUUCAAUGUGUUGUUGGAAUAAUGGCACUCUUUUAUGUCAUUAAUUAUGAACAUCUCAAAUACCAUUGUCAUUACAAGUACCACUGGUAGAAAAGAAGCUUUGUCGUGGAGUUAUAUAAUAUUUCCUAAUUAGUUUAAAUUACUUCUGCAUAAUAAUAAAGAUCUUUGAUUAUUGAA